AUGUCGCCUUUUGACUUUGCCACUGCUUUCCCCAACCCUGCCGAAGCGCGCCCGGCGGUACUUCCCGACUUGGCCAUUAAGCCAUGGGUUCCUGCGGCCCCCCACAAGGCGUUUUGCCUGGUCAAUGCCACUGUUAUCGAUUCGGCCAACGGUUGGUUCCUCAACGGCCCCCACAAUGUAAUGGUGGAGAACGGCACUAUCACCUCGGUCCAGCCUACUGCAUCGUCCACUGUCGACACGUCAGUGGAGCAGUUUGACGUGACUGGCAAGUUUGUCUGCCCCGGUCUUAUCGAUGCCCAUGUACACAUCACUGCUGUCCCCGGUGUUGAGACCAUGGCAGACAUGGUCCGCUUGCCCGACCAAUUAGUCACUCUGCGCUCGACAUACGUCCUCCGCCGUAUGCUUCACCGCGGUUUUACCACGGUGCGCGACACUGGAGGUGCCACCAAGAUGCUGGCGGAGGCACUGAGGGAGGGUCUCAUUGAGGGUCCCAGGCUCUUUCAAUGCGGCAAGGCCCUGUCCCAAACUGGCGGCCACGGCGACUUUGUCAGUCCUGGCUUGUCGGGCGGUGAUGGGUUGGGCUGCUGCGGCGGCCAUGCCCUGUCGCUCGGACGCACUGCUGAUGGUGUUCCUGCUGUGCUUAAAGCCGUUCGUGAGGAGCUCAAGCAAGGCGCAGACUUUAUCAAGGUAAUGCUUGGCGGCGGUGUGGCGAGUGAAAGCGACGCCAUCGAGACUGUCCAGUACACUGCGGAGGAGGUGCGGGCCAUUACGACGACGGCGUCGCAGAUGGGCAAGAAGCUUGUGACAGCACACGCGUACACCGUUGAGGCGAUUCGGCACGCCGUGGACAAUGGUGUGCGGGGCAUUGAACACGGCAACCUGCUUGACGAGGCGACUGCAAAGCUGCUGGCCGAAAAGGACAUCUACCUCACCCCCACCCUCAGCUGCUAUGGCAUUAUGGUCCGCGCGCCGUUCGAAAACUUUCUCAACGAAGAGGGUCGCGACAAGAGCGUGCAUGUUAUGCAGGAGGGCCUCAACGCCCUGAAGCUGGCUGAACAUGCCGGGGUCACCGUCUGCUAUGGCUCCGACCUGCUCAUCUCCAUGCACGCGCUGCAGACAGAGGAGUUCACCAUCCGCUCCAAAGUGCUCCCUGCGGCGACCAUCCUGAAGCACGCUACAGUGAACCCUGCGCGUAUGUUGGGUCAGCAGGGUAAGCUUGGGGUCGUCUCGCAGGGUGCCAUUGCAGACCUGCUUGUGCUCUCGAGCAACCCGCUUGAGGACAUUACUGUUCUGGACCGUCCUGAAACUUAUCUUGUGGCUGUUAUCCAGGAGGGCCGUGUUUGA